GAUGUCGAUGAGUGCAGUUUCCGUCCGACGCCCUGUCCAUAUGGAGAAGCUUGCAUAAAUGGCGAAGGAUCCUUCCUCUGUUUGAAUACAACUAAUGACAUAGGUAUUGUUGGGCUAACUAAUAGGCUUUUGUAUCGAAAACCACCAGAUAACUGCUAUAAAAAACGGACCUAUUCUUAUUUCUUAGUAAGUAUUUGAGCUGUAAAAAAUAUUGUUUUGAUUAGUGAUAUAUUUGCAGCUUUUGAUACUUCCUUUUGACAUAUUUUCGCAGCUGUAGGGGCCACGGUUUUCUUGGUAAAUUAACCUUCUAUUCUGGCCAUUCAUGGCACAUUUGGUUCGAGAAGCCUCUAUUUGCUAUAUUAAGCUAAUUCAUUUGGGACCAAUGAAUAUACUGAAUUAAGGUUAAUCACUCGUUCAUGCUCCUUUGGUCCGUGAAAUCUAUGAAGUAAUCAAUCAAGCAUUGCCCUUCUUUUUUGUUAUUGCUGUUUUAGAUGGUUCCUCAUGUGUCUUUGGAUCUCGUGUGAAAAUACUUAACAUAGACAAGAAUGUGAACACCACAACAAAGUUGACAAAAUUGACCCGAUACCUGUUCAACGCAGAAGCGAGCACCAAUUGCCACUCGUUGAGCUUUGAGUGGAAAGUUUCUAAUGUCACCUCUCGGCCAUUUAGUGUCGGAAGAGCGAGUUCCAUCACCAUUGGCUCGGGUACUGACUUGGACGACAUCUCGUCCCUCGAUGUUGGAAUUUAUUUGGUCGAGUUCACUGCUCAUUUUCGAAAGUUUUAUUUUCUUGAUUAUGGCUUCAUAGAAGUCCUCUCUUCUGCACCCGUCGCAUUCAUUGCUGGUGGACCAGAAGUAUCGAGGGAACACAACUCCAACAUAACUCUGGAUGGGUCUCCAUCUCGUGAUUUUGAUAUUGGUAAAGGAUUAUAUAAAGGCUUGACGUUUGAGUGGUCGUGUAAGGGAGAAGAAGAAAUGUUCCAUGAUGAAUCUGAUAGUUCUAACCGAACAGUUAUCGGGAGAGAUGCCGCCAGUAGAGGAUGUUUUGGCAAUGAGGAGCAAAAACUGAAAGAUACUGGUAGAAUAGUUUUUUUGGACACCAGCUCAAUGCAGAUAAACAAAUAUUACGAUAUCAAGUUAACAAUCAAGAAGAGGGAUCUCAGUGGGACCUUUGUACAACGAGUCGAGAUUGUCGAUGGAACACCUCUUUAUGCUGAAAUAGAGUAAGAGUUAUUGUUCCCUAUAUCGAUCGUGUUUGUACAGUGUACGUUAAAAUCCUCUUGUUAAAUGGUCUGAAAACGCUAAGAAUUAUUUUUUCUAUAACAAAAGAUUCUGUCGUAUAGCAUCGUGGGUCUCUUCAUUGCAAGUUCAGCUGAGUGUCUAAGAUAUAUUUCUUUCUUGGGGGGUAACAUUUGCCACAUAUACAUGUUCAUGGAUUUGACAUUGAGGUUAAUUUUUUUUUACCGCAUGAUGAGGAAAGUAUGAAUUUUAAAACUACAAGGGUACCCAAAAAGGGUUCAUAAAACUAAAUAUCAACAAAUAAUUUUCAAAAAUUAUCAAACAAAACUUCUGUUCAUAAUCAAGUUAUAACCAGGACCACAGUUUUUUUUUUUUGCUUUGAUGUUGCACACACAGAAAAAAGGCAAAAAAAGGUUCUUAAACUAAAUAUCAACAACACCUUUCGCAAAUUAUCAAACAAAACUUCUGCUCGUAACUAAGUUAUAACUACUACCACAGUUGAAACUUAAUUUUUUUGCUUUGAUGUUGCACACGCAAAGAAAAAUUCAAGUGUCGUGAAGGCAAAAGGGAACCUUAUUAUGCUCUUAACACUAACCAGAACUUAUGGUAAAGACCGAACCAUUCAUAAAGAGAUUGUUUAUCAGCACUAUCAGACCAACUCAGUCACGUUCAAAAUUUGAUUAGUUAUUCUGAGAAAUGAAUUUUACCAAAAUCUUGGGAGACGUUCUCAAGUCUUCUCAGGUUUGAAUUGAUAUCUGGCCAGUCGCUUUCGAAUUAUGAGAAUGACCUACAUUAUUGGCCUAUAACAUCUUGGAUUUCAGGAAACUUUUUUCAUAUUCAUUUUGUAGUUGUCUCAUGAAUUGUGGAUUGGAGGUCCUACCAAAUGUCAAAGCUACCUUUGUGGCAAACUGCACAAAUUCUCCUUGUUACACAAAAAAAGGUCUGUUGAGCUAUCAUUGGAGAUUAUUCCAAGAGACUAAUGAGGCAUGGUCAGAACUUCACCAAAUGCAAGAAAUCAGAGGAACUAGAGCGAAUUCGAAUUUUUUCACUAUCAAUCCCGAUGCAAUUAUUCCAGGCAGAAAGUAUCGUCUGACCAUCGAUGUAGAAAAUAUGAAUGAUGGUUCCUCCAAAGGCUUUUCUGCGUGGCUUUUUAAAAGCAGCACCAUUCCUUUUGGUGGGUCUUGCACGGCUAGCAAAUCAUCCGGAAUGGCUAUUCAAACCGUCUUCACUCUUAAAUGCGCUAACUGGAACGAUCCAAACACACCACUUCUUUAUGAAUUUCUGGUAACCUUGGCAGAAGGACUCAGUGCCAUUUUGUCUUAUAGUUAUUCCACUGCUACAGAGAUAGUGCUACCUCCCGGUGAAUUCGUGAAAAACUAUUUCUUAACAAUCGAAGCGGUAGUUACAAGCUCCAUUGGUUCUAGUUCUAGCACUUCUUUAACGAUCCAGGUGAGCCGUGAAUUUUAUUGGAGGCAAGUAUAGACACAAGUAUGUUUUUUUGAUAAAAGUUUACAGUUAUGAAAAUCUAUUGGGUCAUGGGGAAAACUCUGUCAUAUCACCCAAACUUUCCGCCGAAAGAUACUCCCUGAUAUUCUUUUUUCAACUUUCAGGUUUUUCCUUGGCCUAUAAUGAGUACAAAAAACGCGUCAGGCGAAAUACUCCAUCUUUUGGAAAAGCACUUUGUCGUCCAUAGUGGUAGAGGAGAUGUUACACGGGCUACCCAGUUGGCCAUUGCUGUUUUAAAAUCCUUAGAGCUACAGAAAGACGGAGUUAUCAAUAUAGAAGAGAGACGCCAGGUAGCGAAUUGGUGACAAGUUUAGUUAAGAAAGUUUAGGAAAACAGAAACGGGUAUUCUUUGUUUCACAGUAAUAUCGCUGUUUAUAAGAACAACGCCAUAACAGCAAAAUUACUUGAAUGAAAGUUAAAGAUUGCUUUCGUUCUCAAACUUUCUUACUGUUUGUACUCGUCUAGAUAGAUACAUAUGCCUUUUCGUUCGAGACUAGAUUACGUGAUAAGAUACCUUUUUCACCAUUCUCCAUUACUAGAUGAUGUAAGAUGAUGUAAGAAGCUCCUAUUCCAGUAAAAUCACUGCUAGGUAAUGGAAAUACAGUCAAAAUUAAAGUGCCAGUCUGUGCUGCAUAUCGGGUAUUUCCUAUUACAUCCACUUGGUAUGAUGUGUGCACGACUUACUUCAUGAGCACUCGAUAUGAAUAAAGUUCUUAUUUUCUAGAUCAAAAGCCUCAUCGUAAAGACCUUGAGCAAGAUAGAUAUCGGAGACCUGAGGAAGCUCAUUCAACUCUCUUCUGUUAUUUCUCUUACGAUGAAUGAUCCAGCAGAGAUUACAGCGGAUACUAUGGUUAGUCUUUCAUCUUAGUCCUAUUUUCACGAUUGUAUUGUUGAUGCAAUGUUUUCCAUUCUUCCAUGUUGCCCCUUCGCAGCUUUAGCCGACAAUUCAUUCAUAUGCCACCCAUAUUGUACUAAGGGCCUUAAAAAUGCACUGAACAUUAUAAUGUCCUGAGUUUUAGAGGUAACUCAUUUCUUUAAGAUAGAAAAGCUGCCUUACACUCCAAUUUCUUUUGACCGGCUAGAAUUGAUGAUCACGUCAAAUAAGAGAGGAGACGUUACGGAAUAGAAUUCCCUUCUGUAGACAGUGUUCUAGGCACCUGGUUUCUCUGAAACAAUAUUCCAAGAAACUUGCGUGUCAUUUGAAUUUUUCUAUGUGAGGAACGAGUUGACACUGCAUGGAACAUGACUCGGAGAUAUGUGGAAAUAAUUUAGUUGCUAUUUGAGAAGGCUUAAGUGAGCCUCUGUGUGCUUGGUUGACUAUCAUUUCUAGGCAGUCAUAGCGAGAAACAGUCUAUUUUACCACAUGAAGCUUUUGACAUUGCCGUUUCCUGCGGAAUGCAGGGGGGAUGUUACUUGUAGGCCCAGGGUUUGGCCAAACUUAAAGGGUUUCGAUUACCUUGGGGCUGGGGGGAGCUCAGCUUUUUCAUUGCUCCUUCGCCCUUAAAUCGACGAAUGAAGUUAAAAUUCACUUUUUCUAUUAUUCGGGCCUAAUGUGCCUUUGAGCUUGGUUGCCAAGACUUAAAAACGGAUGAAGACCCAGUGGACCUUGUUACAAUUGAGCUAAGAAGCUAGUCAGAAUGAUAACAGAGUUAAUGCACAUUAUAAAAACAACAAGGUUUGCAGCACACAGCUGUCAAAUGAUAUCUCCUGGGAACGCCCAAUAUCCAAAACCCAAACCUUUCUCUCGACCGGCAGGAACUUAUAAUGGAGAUGGUGCAGAAGAUGACAAAGUUAUUUGACGAUAUCAGUGCAAGAGGGUAUGCAUUUGAUGUGCCUUAUUCUCGCAUAGCCGAGAAGAAUCUGGUUUACUCCAUAGGAAAACAGCUUCAAGUUUUAUCUAGUGACAAUGGUGUUAUAGAUGGCUCUAGUUCCCUAAACAUAACUGUAAGUAUUAACAAGCACCCGUUCUUUUCUCAAUAGCGUUUUAGUCUCUGACUGAGUAAAUGUUGCGUAAAUUUCUUUACAACUUCUUCAACAUGGACAUGGAACUCUUUGUGCUUUCUCCUAUCCUUAUCCCUCUUUGUUUAUCCUCCUUAAUAGCCCCUAACGAAGAAAGAUUUGAGGGUUAUCUUUGUAAAACCUGAUCAAGGCUUUCGGUUAAAGGAGGCAAACGAAAAAACCGGCGAGAACUGCGAGACGGUUCUCUUUUCUUUCCCUCGACGAACACAUUUUUCUUUCGCGCUAUUUUUGCGAUCAAUUCCUCUUACUCAGAGGAUACAGGCGAUGUGUUGUGGUUUCACUAACCAGACCCAAAUGAAUAAUAAAUAAUCAGCGCUAAAAACUGAAUGUAUAGAUGGUGAAACUUUCAGUCACGGUCCAUUUGAGAGAAAGACUGUUUUACUGAAUGUUUUUCUUGAACGAUAGUUAAUUUACAUUCUGCCUGUCCUUUCAUUCGUUCGUAUGUAUUCGAGGUUGAAGGGUUCAAAAGCGAGAAAAACCAAACCAUUCUGGUAUACUUGUAACUCCACUCCUUUAGUUCUGUGAGAUUAAGGUUAAUUAAAACCUCCACAACCCUUCCAGUUGGUUACAGCUCCGUUAAUGUUUGGUUUUUCAAUAUAGGCUUCUAUGGAAAUUAUGCAUAGAAUGUUGCAGACUGUGGUGAAGAGAAAUGUUGUCGGAGAGGACCCAACUGUAAUAAAAACGGAACCUUUGGAGGUUCUCGUCGCAAGACGUCAUCCAGAACAUGUGGCAGGUUCUGUACUUACCUUAGAAACGUGUCACAUUCAGUUUCCUGAGUCACAAAAUAUGAGAGACACGCUUGCUGACACUGGGGAGUACGUUGACAUAGAGGUAUGAUUAUGUUUAUCAUAUUUGGUUUGCGAUCUGAAAUCUGACUCUAAAAGGUAAUAGUAGGAUGAGCCAUUUGCAAAGCUUAUUAACAGAUAGAAGAGGAGCUUGCAUUCGAUCCAUUCGACGUGCUCAAAAAUUAAAGAAUAUUAGUUCGCUGAUGCGAAAAACUCAAGCUAAAAGCAACAUUGAUCAUUUUUCCGCCUCAGGUAAUUUCGUCGAAAGUCAACUAUUAUAACAGGAGUACCACCUCGUCAUUCAUCACAUCAUAUAUUGUUAAGGUUGAUUUAAGAAGAGAGUCUGGCGAAGUCCUUAAUGUGCGGAACCUUACCACCGACAUACAACUAGGAAUAGAACUCCUCAACGGCAAUGGAAAUUCACCUGAAAAUGACUCUGUCUUUGAUCAUGAAAACAAAUUCUUUAUCAAGUCAGGGAACAUCAAAUAUCACAAAAUUGAAGUGAAUCGCGAACGAACCUCAUACCUCAUAACAAUGGAGUCUUCAGGGAGUUUCGACGUUUUGGUGAAAUACGAUAGCAAGCCAACAACGAAUGAUUUUGAUGCGAAUUUCACUGUCCCAGACUACUCUUCAUGCACGAGAAACUUUAGAAUCGAUGGGGAUGAUGAAGAGUAUAACUGCAGCCGUCAUCCAAAUCAACUGCUUUUGACAAAUGCAGUAAUACAAAAACCUGGAGUUUAUUUUGUAGGGAUCCUUUAUACCCAACACUCUUCCCCUGGUAGCAAUUCCCAUCGUAUGCGGAGGUCUUGUUUUAGCACCAACAGGCAAAAACGGUCAUGUGUCGAGACAAAAGACCCUCCACCCCCUCUGGGAGUUUUAUCAGCUUAUGAUCCGCGCGUUGGCGUGAACUACACACUUGUCUCUGAUGAACUCAGCUGCCGAUUUUGGUCACAUAAAGAACAGAAAUGGCUAACGGAGGGCUGCAAGGUAUGCUGCUUAAAUUUAUUUCAGAUAAAGAGGCUUGCGGUGUGAUUAAAUUUAGAUUGGCCCAACAACGAUGCCGAGCAUUAAACAGUUAGAAAAAUUCAUCAACGUUUUAUUCGUCAAAACUUUGGAAAAAGUAUGCCGAGGACAAAUAAAUCUAACUCUCACGCUACUCUCAGUCCUAAUCUUCUUCGGUAGUUUGGUAUUCGGCUGGUGCUGAGGUGCAACAUGGUAAAGUGUUAUUCAAAAAUGUCCCACCCAAAAUAAGAUUAGAGAGACUCAACCUAACUUAUGUACACUUGAAAUUACUAAAUUGUUUUGAUCAGAGUCAAGCGAGUUAAAUGUUUAUGCAAAGGUCGCAAUUGGUUGCACUGUGACAAUGGAAUGCUUUAUAAUUGAUUAGAAUUUCUGAUACCAAUCAUAAAACGUAGUAAAGAAAAAAAAGAAGCAAUUUUGGAUUACUCUAUACUCUCAACCGAUGACCCUCUGAUGUCUUUGUUAAAGUAACCAUAAUCACUAAAUUGUUAUUCCCUCACGCUCCAGGUCGGACCUCUUUCCAAUAAGCAUCGUCUUCGUUGUCUCUGUAACCACCUUACAUCGUUCGGUGGAGGCCUUUUAGUAGCACCCAACCCAAUUGACAUGGAUACCGUUUUUAAAGAGCUCAGCCGACUUGACGAAACUGAUAACUUUAGCGUCUUGCUUACGAUCAUUCUUACGUUCAUGUUGUAUUGUAUCGCCUUCGUCUUCGCCAAGAGGGCGGAUAGAAGAGAUCUCGCUAAGGUAAGGAUUUAAUCAGUAGCUUUUUCUUCAAAAUCCUCCCCUUUUUUACAGAAUUUCAACACCUUAAGAUAGAAGACAACCACAAUUUCCCAUUUGCACUAAAACUUCAUUCGAAUCUCGGUCUCAAAGUCAAGCUUUAAGCUCUGCUAAUUGGGGAGACAAUAUGUAGGUAAGAAACAGACCUAUCUAUACAACUACAACUCAAAAAGAGAAGACCUGAAUAUGGAUAUAACUUUUAUGACUCGAUCUACAAUUAAAAAUCUAUGGGAUUGUGAAAACUUGAUAAUUAGAGUCUAGAAGAGGAAUAAAUGAGUGGCUGAAACUUAAACUAACUGGCAAGCUCCUUAAGGUCAUGUUUUCUAAUGUUCUUAUUGAUACUACUCAAGGUUGGUGGGGACGUUGUCUGUCCUUAUGUCUAAAUAAAUUUGCAGAGAUUUUGCCAAGCAAUGUUAGCAAAGAAGAAUUCUUUUAAGGGGAAAAAAAUAAUUUUCGCUGUAUAGAACUUCAUGAAAAGGCUGUGCAAGCCGAUCUAUCCUUCCUAACGACGAAAAACUAAUACCCUCCUGCUUCACUUAAUUGAUUGUUGUCUAUUAGAGUUAAAUUGUUGAUGUUCUUUGAUAGCGCACUGUCAAAUUAAGUAGUACAGUAAAGCAACACUGACAGGGGUUAGCCUACGAUUGGAGAUAAGAUAAGAAAAGAUAAGAAUUACUUUAAUGGUAGAUGGUAUGGGUUUCAUCUAUUUCUUAGUCACGUGAAAAUAGAUUGUUCUCCACUUCCCAAAAAACUUUGAGACAGCACGUACAUUUGUAGUCGGGCAGUGUUAUUGUGUUCAAGAGGAAAAUAAGAAUUUACCAAUCCAUUCUUUCAUUUUUUAGCACGGGUCCCGGAUUCUGUUGGAAACAGAGGAGUCCCCUCUCGUCCGCCAAUAUGAGCUCACAAUCAGUACAGGUGUGUGGUCAGAUAGUGGUACAACAGCCGAAGUUACCAUGGUGUUUUACGGUAGCCAUGGCAACAGUAGACCAAUUACUGUGCGUGGGGAUCUUCAUCCUUCUCGGUUGCUACUUUCCCGCGGUAGUGUCAACAAGUACCUUGUCUCACUUCCGGGAUCCCUUGGAACAUUAAGCCACGCUUAUGUUUGGCAUGACAAUUCCGGAGAAAGUCCUUCUUGGUUCCUGGACUACAUUGUUGUUAAAGAACAAGAAACGAGUCAAAAAUGGAAAUUUUUAUGCAAUCAGUGGUUUUCUCCCGAUAAGGACGAUGGAAAAAUUGCUAGAAAGUUGUUGGUCGAAACCACUAACUCAUUUCCUGAAUUUCAAGAGGCAUUCCGCGCGCGCCUGUCUGGUACGCUGUAUGAAAAACAUUUAUGGAUGUCUUUAGUUACUAAACGACCGGGAAGUUCAUUUACACGCACUCAACGCGUCACGUGUUGUUUGUCCGUCAUAUUCAACGCCAUGCUGGCCAAUGCAAUGUUUUUUAACUUGGGCGGUGAACCUACGGAGAGUACAAUCAAACUUGGUCCAUUAAAGAUUUCGAUGAAGCAAAUCACAAUAACAAUUCAAAGCUGCUUGAUAAUAGCUCCUAUCAAUUUCCUCAUUGUUGCCCUCUUCAAAAACUCCAGGUCAAAACUCGACAAGUACUGUUGCAAUCAGUCAAGUGAAAAGGAAGAUCAAGAUUCCGUGGAAGUGGAUGACGAUGGAAACAAGCCCCUGCACCAUAUUUUUCUUUACGUUGCUUGGUUUCUUUGUUUGGCCACUGCCAUAACCUCUGCCACAGUCGUGUUCUUCUACAGUCUUAUGUGGGGUAAAGAGACGGCUGAUAAUUGGCUUUCAUCAAUCCUGAUGUCCAUAACAAUGGACAUCCUUGCGGUUCAACCUGUGCGUCUUGUUAUGCUAGCCGCUACCGCCGCCAUGAUAAUAACCAGAGCAAAUAGAACAAAAGCGAAGCUCUCGUCUAAGAAAAGGUAGCCGUAGAAUCCCCAAUUGCUAAUGCUAUCAGUGUAAGCUUUUCUUGUACAAAAAUGAACUUGGGUUCAUUUAAAGCGAAAUAGCAGUACGACUACAAAGCUGUCGUUUCCAAUACAAGGACACUGAAUUCUUGCACAAUCAAGAGCAGAACUAAGACAAUGCUCACUUACUUUGAUAAAUUUUUCGCGUCUUUUAAGCCGUUGAUCCAUUGGUUCAUGCUCAAAUUUAAUUUGUUGUGAUUUGCUCAUACGAGUUUUUCUCUCAAUCUGGUUUCAGGCCAACACGAUCGAAAACCCUUCUUCCAUGAUCUUUGAAAAAUAUUAUACUUAGAGAUCAUCAGAAAUUUCUAACUUAUUAUUAUAUUGCAGUUGCAUGGCAGUGGAGGACGAUGAACCACCUGACAUUUUUAAGGGUGCCUUACCAGAUGCCAUGAAACUGGAAUGUUACAAAAAGUACAGAGUCAAUGAGAAGAAAACCAUGUCAGCAUUCAAAUCUUUGAUUUCCUUUGUUUCAUUUUUGUUGAUACUUGGUAUUGUGUGUUAUGGAAACCAAGAUUAUCACCAAUAUCUGAUAGGUAGAGAAGUCAAGGCCCUUUUACCACGAAGUGAAAAGGCAAGUUAUUCUUACAAUUAUGAUUUGACAUAUUUUAAUCAUGUAAGAUUAUAUUCAUAUCUAUAACGGAAUUUACAGUUUUCAUGCGACAGAGCUUAAAUUUUUGAAACACUGUAUGGAGCACAUUAAUUCCUGAGGCCUAAAUUUCAAAUUCAUCUGAAAGCAUCACGUAGAAAUCGUUGUCAAGAAAAGACACUGACUACGAAACAUGAAAAAUAUUUUGCAUCGCAGAAAAUACUUUUGUUGGGUACUUCUGUUAUUCUUCUGUUAUUAAAUAAGGAACUCAGCAAUCUUAUGAUCCUAGUUCCCUCGCAACUGAUUUAGUUAAGAACCUCUGUGAUCUGUGGGACCGUCUAUCAAAAACAUGACGCAUUUAGAUAAGAAGGAUCUUGUAAUUAUGAUAAGCAAUUGCGAAUUUGCGUUUAGGUAGUGGAAGUUUUAAAUGCCAUAUAUAUAUGUUAUUCACCAGACGAGAGGUCCGUAUUGGAAAAAACUGUGCCCGAGGUCUUGGAUACGGCCUCGGGCGGUACACGAGACAGAGGGCACAGUUUUUCCCAAUACGAACCGACCGUGGCUGGUGAAUAACAUUUUUAUUUUUUUUUUAAACCUAACAAAUGGUUCUGAAAAGAACCUGAAUGAUAAAGGGCUGUAAUUACGGCAAGAUUCUCCAUAAACGGAACAAUUUAUGAGCGAGUAGAUUGUAGAGAAAACAAGGGCAAUGCAAAUGAAAGAGAGAGGUUUCAUCAAAACAUAUUUAUUUGCGAAAUGGUAUUUAAAGGUGAUUUAAAAGGCUUCCAAGAAAACUUCGAAACAUUUUUUCGGAUACCGCCCGCUGUGAGCGGGCCGGAUGGGGAGAAUACUGCCCGCUCUCGGAAAAAAUCAGAUUGCAAGAUUUGUAAAAUACCGCCCGCUCACGAACUGAGAAAAAAAUAAGGUAAUAUAUUCACAGUUUACCAGUUUACAGUUACAUGUUAAUCAAUAACACUUUAUGGGGGGGGAAUAUUUUUAGGUACAUGAGGCGUUGGGAUUGUGGACGUGGUUGAUUAACAUUUAUGCUCCUGCUAUGUACACAUCCCAUUGGUACAACGGCGAUAAGGACAGCAACGAGAUGUACAUCAGUGACAUGAGCUCUGUUUUGAUUGGCAUGCCAAGGAUCAGACAACUGAGGAUCGUAAGAGGUAAGCGUGGUGUAAAAUAUUAUUUUUCCUCUGCCCCACGUUACUUUCCACUGCUCAUUUGUCAAUCAAGCCAGCUAUUUCAAGGACAACGAGUUACAGUUUUGGUUUUGUUCGUGUUCUUCGAGUUUUUUUAACUUUGGUAGUUUAGUUUUGUUACUCAGUUAGCUUUCCACACAUCUUUUCAUUUAUCGAUGUUUUUUGUGCCUAGGCUUCGGGCUAUAAGUGUAUAGGGCUAUAAGCUUUCCUUUCCAGGAUAAAUAUCACAUGGCAAUGGUGAUAUUAAAACAAUGCACCUUCUUUCUGCUAAGGGCCCUACAUUUGAAAAAUAGAAAAUAAUGUAGAGGAAGCCGAAGUGCUGGAAAUUUGGGGUUGGGAUCUACGUUGUUACUUCUUAGUUUUUCGAAGGGUUCAACCCUAGGAUCUAAGUUUGUUUUCAACGAAAAUUUGCCCUUAAUAUCCUCAUUAAAAAUAACAAUAUCAAGGCCUUCAAAAAUAUGCGCUGUUUCACGGGUUCAACGAUCGUUUUUCAGGUUAUUGAAAGGAGGAUUUCAAUCCAUGUUUUUUUUGUUAUUGCUUUUAGAUAAUUAUUGCGGUCAUGAUUAGCGGCAGCAAAAAAUAAAAUCGCAGAUUCCGUUUGGUCAACGUCAGCAUGUUAUUGAAAGGCGCAUGAAAGUAACUCAGGCAAGUUUGGAUUGCUCUGAUACAAAAUUUGGGUUUUAAGAGGAACAUGUUCAUCAAAACCCGUGAUGAGGAUUAUUUUUUGCAUUUGCUCUCCUAUAAGCGUUGAAUUUACUUCUGUUUGUGCUUAAUGUAGUAACAUUGGUGCAUGUUUUGAUCGACAGUCUCUUGUCCAAAGAUACUCGUGGAAAUCUAUAACGUUACUGAAGUUUGCUAUCCUAACUAUGCCAUUUACUGCGAAGAUAAAACACCAAUGUACCUCCCGAAAUGGAAACUUCCCCCAACUGACGUUUCACGUUCUUCGUUCGAUAUAUUAUGUCCAAAGCCUUGGCUGUAUCAUACCUCAGAAGAAAUAAAUAAUUUACCGAAAGUAACCCCUCGAGGAACAUAUGGAGGAGGUGGUUAUGUUGCCGAUCUAGGCUACGACUUGCAAACAGCAAGAAACGUUAUGAAGAACUUAAAUGAGAACAGCUGGAUCGAUCGGCGAACUCGAGCUGUCGUCUUGGAAUUUAAUAUUUUCAACAGCAACAUGAACAUCCUCGUGGUCGCACAGUACUUCUUCGAAUUCCUGCCAACAGGCGGUGUUUUCAAGUACGUAAGUGUGCAAAUGUUGAACUUGUAUGGAACAGAGACUGGUUUAGUGCAGCUUGUCUUACUAUGUCGUCUUCUUCUCCUGAUCAUGAUCAUUGCCUUCAGUGUAGUACAAGUGGUCAAAAUGUAUCGUCAAAGAAAGUCAUACCUCAAAAAAAUUUGGAACUGGCUUAUUCUUGCUCUCAUCAUUACUUCUAUAACAUCUGUAGUUCUUCACAUCAUUCGCGAGAAGGCCAUGGAAGACAUCAUAAAGGAACUCCAGAAGAACAUUUAUGCCAUGGUCGGCUUCCACAAAUCUUUACGUUUAAUGCACUUUGAAACUGCUGCUCUGUCCAUCGUCAUCUUUCUGGCGACAGUUAAGCUGCUGAGACUCCUACGCUUUAGCAAGCAAACAGUAUUCCUGUCGAUAACAGUUCGAUUUGCUGGAAAAUAUCUGUUGUCCUUCUCGUUCGUUUUCAUUAUCAUUUUCUGUUCGUUUGCCAUGUCUGGUAUGAUGGCAUUUGGAUCUGUUGUGGAGUCCUAUUCCAGUUUCCCCCGUGCUUGUGUGGCUCAGUUUGAAUUCCUACUCGGAAAGGCUAUGCCCACUUUUCAAAUGGCAAAAGUAAACCCUUUUCUUUCCUUUUUGUUUUCCAUCCUUUACAUUUGCACUAUGACUGUCUUUUUCCUCAAUCUUAUCAUCGUCAUUUUGAACUGCGCUUUGGAGGAGGUUAAGGAUAAUCUAGAUUCUGUGGCAGAUGAGCUCGACUUGGCCGAAUUUAUGAUUAAUUAUUUAUUUCGAGGCAUUUCUAAUUUAUUUGGCUGGAAAAAACCCAAGAAACUUUACUGCGAAAGAACGACCUUUGAAGAUGGGUGCGCCUAUGUUAAGAAAUGUCUUACAGAGAUCGAUCAUAGACUGUUGGUAUUGUCAGAGGACACCUUUCCAACAGAACUUUUGCAGAAAGUUCGAAUGGUGUAUACAUCUCCUUGCCAAACACAGUCUAAGUUGGUUAACAGUGAACCAGGUUCUGACAGCAAAACACCGUCCUCUCAACAAGAAGAUGGAGGAAUUAUGAGGCAAGAAGAAACUCUUGACAAUCCCGAAAGAGAAGUUGUAGUGGAAGAGGACUGCAUUCCUUCGAAUUUCACAAUGAAA